AGAAAUGGAGGCAAGGACUACAAUCCUUUUAAAUAACCGUGGACGAGAUUACAAAGUCAUAGUCGAUGUGGAGACUGCAAAUAUUCUUUUAAAUGGUAGAGUUCGUUAUAAGUAUUAGGUACUAAUAUGCAAUGGACUGAAACUUUUUUUAGACCCAGCCGCUGCGGAGGAAUUUAUUUUUUCUCAUCUGCAGGAUAAUACUGAGCAAAAUGUAAUUGAGGAUGAAGAUGCGGCAGAAGCUACUAAUGCUAAUGCUCCCUUAAUUUGGAUUAAAAAAAAACCUGAUUAUAUUGAUCAUGCGGCGACAGAAAUGUUCUUAUCAUUGCGCGAAAAAUAUAGUUCACAGUUCGACGACAAAAAAACUAAUAAAUCUCAGAUAUGGAGAAAAAUUUGGAAGGAAAUGGAAGAGGCAGGGUAUAAUUUGGGUGAUAAUGGAGUGGAGAGAUGUCGGCAAAAAUUUGCAAACCUCCAGAAGCAGUACUUGGCUCAUUUGAAUCACAUGAAAAAGACCGGAUCUGAACAGAGAGAACAGCCACUAUACUUCGACAAGAUGCAUAAUCUGCUUCACAUGAAGGACAAAAUUAAUCCGCAAAACCUUCAAGAAUCUACCGGAGCCAGUACAAGUGGAGCAUCCAGAAACAACAUGUUGUCUCUGAAUGCAUCUGUAACUCAAGAAAUUUCCGAAUCGACCGGAACAGCGGAAGCUAUACGAAAUAGAUUCCGAAAUACGAAAAACUCAGUAAGACCUGAGAGUUCAAAUGCGCAACUCUUAGAUUUGUGUAAAAGACAAUUUGAGGAAGAUAAGGAAACUAAAAAGCGACUGAUAGAAUUACUUGAGGAGCAAAAUAGACAGAGAGGCCAAAUGUUAGAAAUUCUUUCUAAGUUAGUGGGGCGAUAG